CACUGUACCACACACACACACACACGCGCGCACGUGAAUGAGCGUAAACGUCUAUAAAACGCAAAGUCCGGUAAACGCUGCUGGAUCUGCUGCCAUUGGUUUCUUCAGUGCCGCUGUGACAUCAGGGAGUCGCGGUUUGUUAGUCGAUCUAAGAGAAGAGCAGCAGAGGAGGAGGCCACUCCUUUGCAAAACUGCGGACAUUCAACAAGCUGAUGCGGUGAUCUGUUUAAGGUUUGAGUUUAUAAAUCAUCAGAGUUUUGUGUUUGGAUCCUUGGGUAGAUCUUACAUUUAUGAACAUUCUCGUGUCGGAUCUUCAGAGAGGAAUCAAUGUAACCUGGUAACCUGAAUGCAGCAAAAGUUGAGGAGAUCAUACAGCAGCACUGAGCCAGGACGCAGUGAAGUGAAAGCGCAGUGCUGCACACACUGAUCACAGUCAUGCUGGAAGAGGACAUGGAAGUGGCCAUCAAGGUGGUGGUGGUGGGGAACGGAGCGGUCGGGAAGUCCAGUAUGAUUCAGCGAUACUGCAAGGGGAUUUUCACUAAAGACUACAAGAAGACCAUUGGGGUCGACUUCCUGGAAAGACAAAUAAUAGUUAAUGGUGAGGAGGUUCGACUGAUGUUAUGGGACACCGCAGGACAGGAGGAGUUUGAUGCCAUCACCAAAGCCUAUUACAGAGGUGCCCAGGCAUGUGUGCUGGUAUUCUCCACCACAGACAGAGAAUCAUUUGAGGCCAUCAGCAGCUGGAGGGAGAAGGUGGAGCUAGAGGUGGGGUACAUUCCCACCGUCCUGGUGCAGAACAAGAUUGAUCUACUGGAUGACAUGGUUAUCAAAAAUGAAGAUGCUGAAGGUCUGGCUAAGAGACUGAAAUUAAGAUUCUAUCGGACAUCAGUGAAGGAAGAUCUCAAUGUUAAUGAAGUUUUUAAGUAUCUAGCGGACAAAUAUCUCCAGCGACUCAAGCAACAAUCCGCAGAGGAGCCAGAGGCCGUUCCCACAUCCUGCAAUAAAAUAGGCAUUUUCAACACUACUGGUGGCAGCCACCCGAACCAGAACUCCAACGAUCUGAACAGCCGUGAGGUCAUAAACCUGCGACCAAACAAACAGAGGACGAAGAGGGCAAAAAACACUUUUGGUAGCUGCAGACUGCUGUAGAAUAUCUUGUGUGCGGGAUUACUUGACUGCCUCGUUGGGCUUGUUGAGCCACAGGUUAUAAGAGGUUUUGUUAGCACUAAAGAAAGUCACACGUCCACUCUGCACCUGCAGAGCAGAUUUAUACAUAUUCUGUGCUCACAUCUGUUGAUUUCAUCCAAAAGAAUGUUUGGGAGCUAGAGACCUCUGGUGGCUGUAAGUGCUUAAAACACUAGUUUAAAAAAUUGGAUUAGAAAGUAAUUCCUCAAUCCUUAAAGCAACAGUUCACCCAAAAAUACUGUUGUUAUGAACUAUUUUGAUGUGGAACACAAAACCUACAUUUUAAAGAAUAUUCACGCAGCCUCAUGCAAAAUAAAUACAUAAAAAUGAAUACCUAAAUAUCAGUCUGUUUUUCACACAAAGAUAUUAAUGGUAUUGGAAGACAUGAAAUAUAGCACCCGUGUCACAUGGACUGCUUUCAUUGGGCUUUUAUUCUGCGUUUUAGGUAUUUAUUUAUUUAUUUUUCUUCAGCUUGACAGCCAAUGUCACUAUGGACUGUCAUUGUACGGAAAAGGGCUGCGUAAAGAUUCUUCUUUUGUAUACCUGGGGAAAAUAACAGCAUGUGGGUUUGCAACGUUAUGAGAGUGAUUAAAUAAUGACAGCACUUUCUUUUUGGGAAGAACUAUUCCUGAAAAGUGUUUAAUUCUUUUUCAUUACUAGCGACACUAAAUGUAAUUGAAAAACCUGUCUGGAAACAAUUCAUUUAGCAAUCACUCCCCAUCUUCAGUUGUUUGGACAAACAGUUCAGCCCCAAACUCACGCCAUUGGUUGAGCCAAGUUUGUUAAGUCACGCUCAGUCAUUGCCUUUUAAAAACUGAUUGCAAUUUCAUUUUGGUGGCACAGAUAUUACACACAUUAAAAUCAUAAGUAACAUUUCUUGGUUAUAAAAAUCAAAUACAGCCCUCACGACUUAAUACAUUUCCAAUUUAUUUUCAAUCAUUAAGCAAUUUUUUUACGAAUAUUGACAUGAAACCUUUUAGACACUCCCCUUAAUCACAUUAUAACUGUUUGUGGUGGGAUUGUAGUUUUAUCACCCCGCAAGAAAGAUUGUGACUUAAAAUUUCAAUAUGAAAAGUGAGCACAUUUUCUCACUGUCAAAUAUUUAGUGAGUUACUAAGAUGUGCAUUAUUUGAAUGUGGUACAGAGCAGGGUAAUGUUUAAAUCUUCACUUAUGAGAUUAAUUACAAAAAACACCAAAGUGCAUUUUGACUGUUCGUCCUUUGUGCAAUAUCUUUGUAUUGAAUUAAGAUUCAUAUUUUGCUAUCACAAUAUUCCCUUAAAAGUUAUGUUCAUUUGUAGCGUGAAUAUUUUCAGAUAUUUUAAACCAUGUUCUUUUAGGAAUUUUUGUAAGAAUAUAAUAUAGUGAAGUAAUGACUUACUGAAAUCCACAAAACACAGUGCCAAAAUGUUUCUAAACUCGAUGUACUUUUAAGAAAUGUAAAGGACAAAUAAAUAAAAGCUCCAUUAAAACAGGACUGUAUUCCAAGUUUCCUGAAGUCACAUGAUAGCUUAGUGCAAGGAACUGAAACUCUUAAUCCCCACUGAAGCCUGCAUCUAGUCUGCAUCCAGAUUAAAAGGACGCAUCAAUGUUAUCAACUCUUUAACGGCAUCCUUUCUUUGGGCAAGAUAAAAGCUUUGUGGCAGGGGAAGAUUAUCAAUGAAUAAUGAUUGAAACAAUUUCAGUGGGCCACACGUUUACAUGCAUCAAGUUAAUGGCCAUUUAAGCAGUUUGGAAAAUUCCAUAAAAUUAUUUCAAGCCUUUAGACAAUUAGCUUCUGAUUUGGCUAAUUGUCAAUUGGAGGUGUACCGUAUUUUAAGGCCUACCUUUACUUGACAUCAUGGGAGCAAUUUCCAAAUGGCUGAAGUUACCACGUUCAUUUGUUCAAACAAUAGUAUGCAAGUAUAAACACAAAGGGACCACGCAGCCAUCAUACCACUCAGGAAGGAGACACAUUUUGUCUUGUAGAGAUGAACGUAGUUUGGUGAAAAAGUGCAAAUAAAUCCCAGAACAACAGCAAAGGACCUUGUGAAGAUGCUGGAAAAAACAGGUAGACAAGUAUCUAUAUCCACAGUAGAAAUGAGUAUCAACAUAAAUUUAAAGGCUGCUCAACGCAGAAGGAGCCACUGCUCCAAAACUGCCAUAAAAAUAUCCAGACUACAGUUUGAAAGGGUACAUGGGGACAAAGAUCUGUCUGGAGGAAUGGGCCAAAAUUCCAGCAACUUAUUGUGAGAAGCUUGUGGAAGGCUACCCAAAACAUUUGACCCAAGUUAAACAAUUUAAAUGCAGUGCUAUCAAAUACUAACAAAGUGUAUGUAAACUUCUGAACCACUGGAAAUGUGAUGAAAGAAAUAAAAGCUGAAAUAAAUAAUUAUUUUUACGAUUAUCCUGACAUUUCAUAUUCCUAACCCUUUUGCGACCAUCAGGAAAUGUUUUUUUUUUUUUUGUGAUAAUUUUGGCUGUGUUAAUGCCAACGGUUUAAAUUUUGCCAAAGGAGUGCAUUUCAACCUCAGUUCCUAUAAUACACUGUGUACACAAAAUAGUUACACUCAGGACCUUAAGGACAAAAAUGUCCCUAUUGAAACCAAUAUUGAUCCCAGUGUCAUUAAAGCAUAAAAUCAUGAAUUCUAUGAUAUGCUUUCAUUCCAGAGCCCUGACUUCAACAUUAAAUUUGUUUAUAUUUUCCACCAGAUGGUGCUAUUUUUCUUAUGUUUUGCCUAGGGAGCAAAUGCAUGCUUUCCCCUUAUUUUCUGUAUUAUAGAGCACUGCAGGCAGAUUCAAUAAAUGAUGCAGCUAAAAAGUGUAGACGUAUUGCUAUGGAUGUCAGAGUGUGUUUUGUAUGCGUGUAUUGAGAAGUGUGUGUGUGUGUGUGUGUGUGUGUGUGUGUGUGUGUGUGUGUGUGUGUGAAAAACAACAGUGACAUUAUUAAACAAACAGGCAUUUAAAGGGUUAAAAUCCUGAAAAUGAAUGAAUAUUUGGUAGUUAUAAUCAGGACUGAUGUUGGUAAAAAAUAUUUACUAAUUGAAAGUGGAAUAUAAUAUUAAUAUAUACAAUUAUUAUGGCAGUUUUUUAAACUUUGUGCUAAGAUGUUUCAAAAGCAGAGCGGUUUUCACCACAAUGACCCAUUUCUCAAGAAAACCCACAGAUAGUGCAAACACUCCCACCCAAUAAUGUACUGUAUUGCAAUGUGACUGGAGUCAAUAGUUCAUUAUUUUGAAGUAAAUACUCAUACGCAUUUUAAAUGAAUAACUGUCAACAGACUUUAGCACCAUGAAAUUACAAUAUAUAUAUAUAUAUAUAUAUAUAUACAGUACUGUGAAAGUUUUUCACAAGUGUCUAAAUCUUUUGCAAAGUGAGGAUUUCUAAAAAGAAAUAAUGACAUGCAUAGUUUUCAUUAAUCAAUUAAUGUCAUACAAAGUUCUCCUAGAGACCAAGGUUGUUGGCUGAUAGGAUGUUCCAAGCUUCUUAGACAAGAACUGUGGUGAAUUCUCCAUUUCAGCUGUCUCAAUUGUUUCUGUCUCUUUAUGUAAUCCCAGACUGACACGAUGUUCAGUGGAGGCUUUAUGGGGGACAUGACAUCCAUCUAUCAUGCUCUGAUAUAAAAACGGCUUUCAACACAGUAUUAGGCUUUAUAAGUAAACAUUGAGUGAUUUUUGUGUGUGUGAAACAAUUUGCGAAAAAUAUUGCAUUUCUAGAGGAUUUACGACUAAAUCUAGCCUCCCAAUGUUACAAAGCGUUAGCAAACAUGACACAAGAAGUAAGAACUUAUAAUUUAGGGGUCAAAAUGUGUUUGAAGUUUAAUUUGUAAAUGUUGAAUUGACGUUACUGAAAAUAUAUGUGUGAAUGAUGUGCUAAUUGUUUCACAAAAUGUGGAUCCUCUUAAACACUAGCCAAAAAAAACCCAUGAUAUUUUCCAUCAAGCCAAUGUUGCGAGUGGAAUAUAUUGAUAAUGUAAAGGAUGAUGUACAGUCAAUGGGUUUAUUUUACAAUAAUGACCGAUGAACUGUACGUUAUCCUGCAUAUACUUAACAUAUGAAUAAAUAUAUGAGUUGUUCUAUUAUGUGAGAAAAAAAGAUCAUGUGAUUCUAGCAGCUUUGUAACAAUCAGUUCAUUUAUCGCUCAUACAAACGGAUUUGAUCGCAGAAUCAAGUAUUUCAGAAAUCCGUGUAAUGUAUUGAAUAUAUUGCGUUAUAUUUUACAAAUGAAUCAGCUUUUCAUUUGAUUCGUUCUGAUUCAUCCGUGCAGAAUUGUUCACCCCACACCAGUUUGAAAAAAUCAAUUUCAAAAGGUGUUGUGGUCCAAUGAGAAAUAUUUUUCCCUUUCCAAAUAUAAUUCACUUGUUCCAUUUGUUUUCAUUUUUGAUCAAAUGUAUUUUUGUUUAUGUUUGAAUGUUUAUGUUUGCCGCGACGGCCUUCACGUUUACAUCGCUGAUCAGCUUUAUGUUGACUCUAAAUAAUUCUUGAUAUAUCUGAUUAUUGUUAUUUGUCAUAUUUGCUGCAAAUGAAUGAAUACAAUGUGUAAGGCACUUUAUCUGAAACUGCUUGACAAUAAUCUACAUUAAGAUGCAUCUAAAACUGUUCUGUCUUGAGCUCUUCAGUAAUAUUUUCUAAUGUAUGCCAGCGAUUACGAACAUGCCAGCACCCACUUUAAAGGGCAGAGGUGUGACUUUACACCGUAUAUGAUUAGGAUCAUUCCUUGACGGAUGUCUUAUCUGGUCCCACAGUUCUGCAGGUGAUUCUUUGACCUCUUCUGGUUUUGGGUUGUUUGAUGGUUGUCAAAAGAGGAAAAUAAAGCUUCUAUUGAAGUUGUUUGCUUUCAUUUAACUUUCUAUAACCACCUUAGAUAUGCUUGGAUAUAAAAUCAUUUUGAGAAUGCUUUUUUAAUCUGGAAUGUUCUAUCUGUACAUGCAUUACAUCAUUCUGAUUGGAUGAGUGGCGUUCAACGCUGUUGUCAAACGCUGAUAAACGCAGACACAUUGUAAAUGAUGCUGCUUGGCGAUCAUAAACAGCCAACAGAAUUAUGUUAUGUAUUACUAUGGAAGAAUUGUUUAUUAAUGUUAAUAAAUUCA